AUGGGGAAGAUCACCAAACCCAUGCAACAAAAGCACAAGGAUACCUUGUCUCCUUGGCUCAAGAGCUAUGUUGAAACCGCCUCAACGACACCUCUUCCCCUCUUACCACAAGAGCUCAACAGCUUUCCAUCACGAUGGCCCUUCGGACGUGGCGAUUUGUACCACUGGAUACCCCUUCUCAACCGAUUUGAUAGCCUGCUCGAACAUUUCUGUGCCACAUACAAGUUGAACGAGGGCCCCCAGGCUCGUGACUUUGGCUGCGAUGUGUUACUCAACCUGGAUAAGGAAUCAGCCUUUGGAGGCGAGAGGCAGUGGUCAGCGGCAGAGCUAGAAGAUUUGGGGUUUUCAGUGGAGGGAGACAGAGAGCUUGUCGAGGCAAUUCUGCGCUUUACUCGCAUGCUCUUAGAGCACUCUGGUAAUCGCAGCAUCUAUGCCAGUAGCGCUCAUCUCAAUGACCUUCUCAACACCACAUCUCUGACCGUGCUCAUUGCUACACUUGAAGUUGGUUCCGAGUUGGCUCAGCGGUACCAAGCAUCUGUCAAGCGUAUCGCCAACCCCUCUAGGCAGAUCUGUGCGGCGUUGCUUGCAAACCAUUACAAUAUCGACCUUGACAGGGUUCAGCAACUUGCCUUGCCUUUCGUCAAGACGCCAAUUAUCAACCUGUCGGAUCCUGUACCAUCACAUACACCUGGGUCUGUCAAAGGGAAAGAUCGUGCGCAAGGAGGAGGCUCCAAAACAGCCAAUUCGAUGCACGCGAACGACCUAGUUGCACUUGCUGCUUCGGAUGACAAACGAUGGGUUGGCUGGGGAGAUGUUAAGGUGACAUACUACCCCCAGAGUGCUCAGCAGGAGACUACCGUCACAGACGCUGGCCAUGCAUCGGUGCCAUCUACGCCAACACCGCUCCGUCGCAGUUCUACCAUGACAUCUCAGCACCAAACCCCCAGGGCUAGAAGCAACCUCGACGAUUCAUCUCCACUUGCACCUCGCACACCUGGUAUUGAAACCGAUCCAGCCUCAGCUGGCCCUAAGGUUUUUGAACUACCUCAGUCCGUUGUUGCUUCGAAUUCCGUGUACCAGUUGGUGUCGGGCACCCCUGUGGAUCUCCCGCCUGCUUCAAAGUACGAAUCCUUUCAUAGGAUCAGAGUUUCCAAAGCCCUUAUGGAUUCCAGCGAAUCGCGACAGCAGUUGCUUGCUGUCCGCCUACUAGCGAUCAACAACCUCGCGUAUAUCCACAACGAAAUUAACUUCCUCGAGAAGGUGCUUCGUCAAGACGCCGACGAGACCCGCAGAUUCCAACUUGUCUAUCAGCUUGCUGAAUUAAUUCACCCCACAGUUCAUGGAAACAUUGAAGUUCCUUUGUGGCUUCAAGCUGUAGCCCUUGCUCUACUCGAAGCGGUCUCGAAUUUUCAAGCCAGAUGUCAAGAUGUCUUAUCUGCUCUGAAUGCAAAUGUUAACCAUGGUAUCUUGCUCUACGUCAUCCGCAAAGCCGUUGCGGGAAUGAAGGAGGAUGAUGACAGUGAUAAAGGAAACCAAGUCACGGCAAUGGAUGAAUGGCGUAACAAUCUAUUCUCCCUUACACUUCACCUUUCCAUGUCUACGAGAGUGGGAAGCGAGAUGGUGUCUGCCGGACUUAUGGAAAUCCUUGUUGAAAUCCUGAACAUCAGAUCAAGUGUUGCACAGCGAAACCACUCUAUGGUACUUGCAUUUUUGGAUGGUUUGAUUUGGUCGUACCAGAACGCCUUUACCGCCUUCUUCAACGCUAAGGGCCUUGAUGCUGUGUCUCAACUGGUCGUGGACACUGUCACAGAGGCACAGACUUUGCAUAAGGCUGGUCAAGGUAUUCCGAAGGAUCAGCAGUCCGGCCAAGUGGAUUAUGAGAUCCCAUAUUACCAACAUCAGACACUCAAGUGGUUACUCAAGUUUGUUCAUCACAUUAUGUCAAACUCAUACAGCUAUAGUGGAAACACUGACCGUCUGCUCCGUAACCUCGCUGAUAAGUCGGACCUUUUGGGGAGCUUGCGAGACAUCAUUGAAGACAAGAAGAACUUCGGUUCUGUCAUCUGGACGCAUUCAGUCACUAUUCUCAGUGAUUUCAUCAACAACGAUCCCACAAGCUUCGCCGCCAUUUCGGAGUCUGGAAUGAUCAAGACAUACUUGGAGGCUGUCACUGGGAGACCCCUCCCAAGUGAUUUGUUAGCAGAGCAGAAGCCUGACGAGAAAGAAGAAGACGAAGAAUCUGGUUCUUCAAGUAACACCGUCUCUUCGAUUGUUGCUAACGAUCCCCGACCACACCCUCCCACCGAAGACAUACUCCGGGAGUCGCCUCGUGAAUCAUUAGCAGCAGGAAUUCUGCCAUCAUCCGACGCCAUCACCGUUGUGCCUCAGGUCCUUAACUCGAUCUCCCUCAACAACACUGGUAUGAAAAUGGUAGUAGCCUCGCGCGCUUUUGAUAGCUUUCUGGAGAUUUUUGAGAGCCCUGCUCAUGUAAGAUGCAUGGAACUCGACACAGAUCUUGCGAGCAACGUCGGAUCCAGCUUUGACGAACUUGCUCGUCACCACCCACCCUUGCGUACCGCUAUUUCUAAUGCCGUCAUCGACAUGGUUGCUCGCGUACGCUUCAUGGGCAUCGAAAAGGCAAGAACGGCUGGAUGGGGUGCUCGCAUGCUGUUGGUCGACUCUGAGGGCAAGACAGUAUCGUUGGAUGAAACCGGUAAUUUGAUGCCGUCAACUGCGUCUUCAGAGCAGAACCAAGAAAGAGACACUCCUGGCGACGCGGAUGUGAAGAUGAUUGACGCUGUGGGAACAAACGAGAUCGACCCUGAGUCUCGCAAGGAUGAUAGCUCAGAUUCAUCGAAGCGCACGAUCACGCCCUAUAUCUACGCCCUGUCCUAUUUCCUGACAGCUUACAUUUCCAACCAGGGCUUGAAGACCAGCUUUGUGGAAGCUGGUGGCCUUGAGCUACUGCUUGACAUCUGCGAGUCCCCAAGCCUGCCUACUAACUUUGGAGAUUACAACGCCUCAAGAUUCCUUCACACAGUUGUUUCGCAACUCGUUGAAUCUUUCCCUAUCCGUGGUCUUCCUUCUCUUCUGCGGCGUGCUCAGUUGGCCAUCGAUACUCUGAAACCACUGUCUGACAAGACGGACACCUUGCCUCCCUACUUUGCACCGUUUCUCAAUUCUGACCUGAAAACGAUUCGCGAUGACCAAGAACCUCCAGAAGCAGUCAAGAGUGGCACCAAGAUGAUCAAGGCGUUGUUGAAUGCGCAGACGUUCAUCAAGAUCAUUUCUGAUUGCUUUGCUACAUCAAGGCAAAAUGCAUUGCAGUUCUAUCCCAUCAAUGUCUACGACUACUACCUUAACCUUGUAAAUUCCAUUGGGCCUCUGUUGCGUGGAGUUCUCACAGAGGAGGCGGGCGAGCUCAACGUCAUUCCUCAACAUUGGUCGUUAAGGCGCCAAACAGCUUCGGAGGGGACAUCUGCUGCAAACAUACCUGAACCAGACAUUGAUGACAGUGCUUUAUUGCCAGAUAUGUUGAGUAGCUCGGGUCAGUUCCAGCUGAAGACCACAUCGGACGACUCUAAGCCCAGCCGUCCCACAGCUGAAGAGCAAGCUAGCCCUCGUUUCCAGAACUACGAAACACUCCGACAGUUGUUACAUCCUAUGAUCCCAACAACGUUUCCUCUGUUCCAGACACUUGGCAAGUGCCUGCUGCCUCGACGGGAGCGAGACCCCCGUGAUCUUUAUCAUCGACCCCGUCACUUGGAACUUGCACGGGCACUCGCGAACGCUGUUCUUAGCCAGCUGAGGCCCUCCGUGGCCAUCGCAGCACCCACUUCCAAGGACUUCCAUUUCUGGAUUAUCAUGCUGCAUACCAUCAAUGAAAUGGUGACUGACCAGCCCUCCACUCGACCAAGCGGCGAUCGAUCAAAUGUCCAGAUCAUCAUGCCCGUCCUCCUUGCCUUCAAGGAAGAGGGUGGAAUGGAUGUUUUAAACUCGAUGCUCAAGAUCUUCGCUCAGGCAGUACGCGAAGGUCCAGACGCAGCGAUGGACGAGACGUCCAGAUCCAAGGUUGCUGCUUUUGGCCUCAAGAAAGCUCUGGAAUUGAUUCUCAUAUUGGUCAAUGGGAAGUACCUUUCCGAGGCUCAAAAUGCAUACGCUCUGCAACCCCGUUCUGCCGAUAGAUCCUCAAGCUCAACCCAUAUUUGGCAGCAAUUCGUGGUAGAGUUCCGCGUAGCCGUUCUCCCUGAGGUUAUAGAGCUAUGGGACUCUUCCUUCGUCGAAAGGGUGCCUCAUCAAACCGUGACGCGGUUGAUAGAUAUCCUCAAGCUCAUUUCUACGGGAGAACACGAGCCUUCAUCAUCUACGAGAGACAGACCCCCUUUCCAUCUCUUCAACUCCACUGAUGUUCGGUUCGAUUGGCGCUCGCACCGUGGCACUAUCGAGGAGCUGCUCGCGAAAGGAUACGACACUGACUUGGUACAUGAAGCAGUGUAUCGGGUAAAUGGCAAUCCGGUUCUCGCAGAUAGCUAUUGUUUGGCCCACAAGGCUGGGCUCGCCGGUGCCCGCAACCCAAUUCCAGCGAAAGACUCUGACACAUCGGUUUUGCAAGAGACCCCGCAAGAACCUGCAGUUAUCAGCGAGACAGAAGAAGUCAAUGAAAACAACACAGCGGAUGCGGAUCGCAUGUCCCUGGAUGGACCUCCUGAGAUUGGUACCCCCGAUCUCGUAGACAGAUUCCUGGGAGAGGCAUUGGGCGAAAUCAUUGAUCCUUCUCAGCCUAUAGAUGAGACACAUGAAGCCCCAAUUGUGGCGACCGAAACACCUGGGAAUGUUGCAGAAGAUACAGGAAAGACAGAAAGCUCGCAUGCCUCGGUUGCUACCAAGGAGGAGAUCGACAACUUCCGUGCGAAACUACGAGCCAACAUGAUAGACAGAUGCCUUGACGUCGUUCGCGCACACCCUGAAACAGCGAUCGAGGUAUCUGAGCUCAUCCGGACGAUGGCUCUGAGACAGCAGUCUAGUGAAAGUGAAGACGAAGUGGGCCAGACCUUGACUUUGGCAUUGUCUUCACUCGCCCAGGACGAGGAAGAAGAAAAGCAACGUACUGGAAAAUGCAUUGCAGCCUAUGCCCAUCUACUAGCAUUGCUUCUCCAAGACGAACACUUCUUCGAAAACAAUGUAGAGAGUCUGAGGGAGCAUAUCAAUGAGUAUAUUGGCUUCCUGAAGAUUUCACCUUCAACCUCCACUGAAGAAAUGCCGCCGUGGAUUCCUUAUAUCCUGUUGGUUAUUGAGACAUUACUUCGUCACGAUGAACGCCCAGUUGCUGCGCAAUGGAGGGCACCCAAGUCACUGGAUGAGGCUGUCUCCGAGCCAAUCAUUCAGAUGCGUACCCCGACUGUCAGUGAUGAAGAUCGCACCCAUAUUUUAGAAUCUCUGCUCGAGUUGCUGCCACGCAUAGGCAAGGAAGAAACUCUUGCCGUUGCAGCACUGAGAGUGUUGGUAAUAUUGACACGCAACCGUCGUCUAGCCAAGUCAGUUGGUGACAAGAAGAACUUACAACGGUUGUUUCUUAUGGCAAAGCAACUGUCGGGUUCUGGCUCUGAAAGGUUCAAGCAGACCAAGCUUACUGCUCACAUCAUGACCGUCCUCCGUCAUAUUGUGGAGGACGAAGAGACAAUAAAACAGAUCAUGCGUGCCGAGAUUAAGAUUGGCCUUCCAAACCUGCAGCGAUCGCAACGUGGUCAUACUGACAUCAGCAACUAUUUGCGAGCGAUGGCACCAGUCGCCCUCCGUGCCCCUGAUCUUUUUGUCGAAGUUUCCAACGAGAUGGUCCGUUUUACAAGAUGGACAUCUCCUGCAAGUGAUGGUUCUCGAUCUCAAGCUCUUGUACUUGUACUGAAAGAGGAGGCUAGCGAAGCAAGCUCCGACAAGAUUGGUGACAACGCUGAUGAUGCAACCGAACAAAGCAUCAAGCCAACUACAGAGACUACAGACAAAGAGAUGCUUGAUGCACCGAAAGCGCACGAGAGUAAACGGCCUGUUGUUGAAAAUCCCGAUGGCGUUAUUCAUUUCCUUCUCUGCGAAUUACUCAACUAUCGUGAAGUUGACGAUAAGGAAGUGUCAGCUGUCGAGAAAGACUCCAAACCUGACAGCGUGGCUGAUCCCGAAGAUACGGCGGCUAGUUCCAAAGAAAACAGUACAUCCGAUGCAAAGGAUAAGAAGCCAGCAAAGCCCGUGUUCAAAUCCGAUGAGCACCCCAUCUUUGUCUACCGAUGCUUCUUGCUCAACUGUUUGGCCGAGCUUCUGCAGAGCUAUAACAGAACCAAGAUGGAGUUUAUUAACUUCAAGCGCAAUGCCCCGCUUACUACCAGUACACCGAUCAAGCCUCGAUCAUCAGUUCUAAAUUAUCUGAUUUAUGAUCUGCUUUGUCAAGGCAAUCUCAGCGGAACAGUGGACACCAUUGCUGGUAAGAAGAAGGGCGCAACUUCGGCUCAAACUCAGAAAGUCUUGGUUGCUUUGGUCGCCAAGACAAGUGAGAAAGCGAUCGAUCGUGGCCAGGAUAAAUUCUCAUACGACGAUGAGCCCGAUCUUCUCUUUGCACGCAAAUUUGUUCUUGAUACUAUGUUGAAGGCCUACGAAAGAGCACCACUGUCUGAUGAACCCCUGGAAACUCGGUACUCGCGAAUGCUAUGCCUGGCUGAACUCAUGAACCACAUGGUGGCUGGCGACAGAGACAAGGAUCAAGGAGCCACCGGCCGUAGUACCGACAGCGUUAGCGUCCAAGCCCGAUCCCAUGCACAGCUACGGAGAUUGAUGUACGAGAAAGGCUACCUCGACAAGCUUACAUCCUCCAUCGCAGAGAUCAACCUCAACUAUCCAGGCGUGAAACGUGCGAUCAAGUAUAUCCUACGUGUGUUACGAAUUCUCACCGAGACAGCCAAAGAGCUGAGCCAUUCCAAUAUCCUGCCUUCCGAUUCUCUAUCAGAUACAGCAGACGACGACCUUGGCUCAACUUCUUCGCUCUCAGACCUCGAUGAUCGUGAGGAAACUCCUGAUCUGUAUCGCAACUCUGCCCUUGGCAUGCUGGAGCCCCGUGGCGACGAUGACGAUUCUGACGAGGACGAAGAGGACGAGGACGACGAUGAAGACAUGUACGGUGAUGAAUACGAUGAUGAAAUGGAUUACGGAGACGACAUGUCGGAUGAAGAAGACAACAUUAGCGACGACGACGAAGAACUCGGUGAAAUGGGCGAAAUCGAAGGCCUUCAUGGGGAGCCAGGAGUCGUCGAGGUCAUCAUGGAUGAAGACGAUGAUGAAGAUGACAGUGAUGACGACGACGAUGACGAUGAAAUGGAAUCUGCAGAUAUGGAGGACGUGGAGGAUCGUGUCGAAAUCGUCGACGAAGAUGGCAACCCUCUUGAUGAUGACGGCAACUCAGGAUGGGAGAGCGCUAGCCACGACGAUGAAGAGGACGAAGACCAGGAGGAGGAUGAAUUGGACUUCGGCGUAGAUGUACAGGAGGAGCACAUGCCCAUGGAGCGCGAAAUCCUGGAUGGCAUGGCUCGAGCCAUCAUGGGAGAAGGCGACGUCUUCGACCCAGAUUCACUAGAAGAACACUAUCUCGAUGAUGGCCACGACGAGGAUGGAGAUGAGGACGAUGAGGACGAGAUGGAGGACGACGAAUAUCUUUACGAUGAUGAUUAUCCCAUGGAUGAUCAGCCUCAGUCGAUGCCAGCUCUCGGAUGGGAUGGCCUCGGCGCCGAAGACGAAGACCGCCACCGACAGAUGUUCAUAGCGGAUGGCCAAAGUCGACGAAGGUUUAUUACUUCACGAGCUGCGGAACCCAGCCGACCUUUCCCUCCCAGCUUUAUUGUUGGUUCCAAUCGGGAUGCGACUAGUGAUUUCCGCAACUUCUUUUCGCGCAGUCAUCGCCCAGGAGCAGCUCAACCUAACGCGGACGAUGGCACCAACCCACUUCUUAGACGGGGUGACCAGAACCGCGAUAAUCCUCAGCGUUCUGGCCAUAGCCAUUCUCUCGGUCUGCGAGUCCCUGAAGGUAUUUUUGGCCCAGGCGUGAGAAACCUUGAUGGACCGAUGGGAUUUCUUGGUGAACUGAUGGAAUUUCUCCCAAUCAUGGGACGAAAUGGACAGCAAGCUUUCCAUUUGCAAAUCACUGCCCCCGGUGGCCACCGCGAGGCUAGAGAGUUUGGUCCUAUUAGAACCUCGCGCACUGAACAAAGACGUGAGGGAUCGGCUCAGGACCCCUUCGGAGCAGUCUCAUUUUCUAUUGAGGGCACGAUCGAUCGUUAUCAAGAGGAGGCCAGGAUGAUCUUUGGUACCAGCAAUGCGACAGAAGCCGCCAAGCUCCAAAACAUCAUUAUGGCCAAGCUUACGCCGGAUGCUAUGGAGCUGGAGAGAAAGCUGAAGGCAGAGGAGGCUGAACACCAAAAGCGAGAAGAAGAGGAGCGUAAGAAGCGCGAGGAGGAGCAGCGCGUAGCACGCGAAGCUAAGGAAGCCGAAGAAAAGGCCGAAAGGGAGAAACGAGAGGCAGAAGCUCGCGAGGCUGCCGAGCAAGCCGCCUCUGAGGCCGCUGCUGCUAGCCAAGCCGCUGCCACUGAGGACCAGAGAGACGAAGGCGCGAUGGAAGGGGUUGAAUCUACUGAAACAAGUCACACAGAGCAUUCUGAUCCUACAGCUGAGACCACGACCGAAGGACCUCGCGUCAUGACUACAAUCAGGGGCGAAGAGGUCGAUGUUACCGAAUUAGGCAUUGACCCUGAUUAUAUUGCAGCCCUUCCAGAGGAGUUCCGUGAGGAGGUUAUUGCUCAAGCAAUCAGCACCCGGCGGUCCGAGGCACGAGAGGAGACGAAUGGCAAUUCGACAGAGGCUUUCCAAGAGUUUCUUGAUGCCCUUCCAGAAGAAUUGCGCCAUGAGAUUGCGCAGCAGGAGCGUCAAGAACAGCGCCGAAGGGCUCGUGAAGAAUCAAGUCGCCAAGUGGCCGCUACUACCGGCCAGGCAGUUGUGCCAGAAAUGGACACUUCCAGCAUCCUCCUCACGUUUCCGCCUGAUCUCCGACAGCAAGUUCUCAUGGACCAGGGCGAAGAACUCAUGGAUCAGCUUAACCCGGAGAUGGCAGCCCAAGCUCGAGCACUGGCUCAGCACAACAACGUCCACUCUGUCAUCACAGGCCGCAGCCCCCCUGGAGUUAAUCCAGCUCGUCAACCAGGACCCCCGGGACCACAAGAGGGCACAAAGACACAGCGCCGAACGGUAGUCCAAAUGCUUGACAAGGCCGGCGUUGCCACGCUACUGCGCCUAAUGUUCAUUGCUCAGCAAGGCUCUAUCCGAAGCCACCUGUUCCAUGUGUUCGCCGAUGUGUGCGAGAACAAGCAAACCCGACUGGAGGUGAUUAGCACUCUCCUCCAGAUCUUGCAAGAUGGGAGCACAGACAUGGGUGCUGUGGAGCGCAGCUUUGGUCAACUGUCUCUGAAGGCACGAAGGCCCAAGGAGAAGGAGAAGGAAUCCGACCAGAAAACCCCACAGGCUCUCAAAAGAAGUCUGACUGGUCUGACCUCUGGAAAUGCUACACAGACAAACUCAGAAACAUCGCCUCUUCUGAUUGUCCAACAGUGUCUUGACCUUUUAGUAGAGCUGUCUGGGAAGAAUCCUCACAUUCCUUUACUUUUCUUGACAGAGCACGAGGCUGUUGGCUCAACCCUCAAACGCUCAUUGAGCCGCAAAGGCAAAGGCAAAGACUCCAAGUCCCACAAAUACGCCAUCAACUCUCUGCUAUCACUUCUUGAUCGCGACCUGGUCAUGGAAAGUUCUGUCGUUAUGACUCACUUGGCAGACCUGCUAAAUAGAGUAACACUGCCUCUUCAAAAUCUUGAACGUCGACGCAAGGAGGCCGAAGAUGAACUAAAAGCUAUCGACGCGAAACCAGAAGAAGGGGAAACCACGGCUGAACAGCCUGCGGAACAGACUUCAACCACCGAGCAAGCCGAGACAAGCAACGUCAAUGAGCCCAGCACUGCUCAAGAUGAGACUAAAGAAGAUGCCGUUGACGAAGAGGCCAAGAGACAAGAGAAAAAGGAUGUGGCCCAAAAGAAACUCCGACAACUACAACCUCCUGUUGUUCCCGCACAGAACUUAACACUGGCUGUGAGGAUAUUUGUAGCCCGAGAGUGUAGCUCCAAAACCUUCCAAAACACCAUUUCGACUAUUAAGAACUUAUCUGCUAUCCCAGGGGCCAAGGCAACAUUCGGGCAGGAGCUUGUCCACCAGGCACGCCUUUUGAGCGAAAACAUUGUAGCUGACUUGGAUGAUCUUCUACCGCAAAUCGAAAAAGCAUCUUCAGGCACGGAGAUUCAAGGUGUCGCUCUCGCAAAGUUUUCCCCAGGAGCAUCAGAGCAAAACAAGCUUCUUCGUGUUUUGACGGCGUUGGAUCACUUGUUUGAUAGCAAGAAAAAGAGCAGCGAGGUCGAGUCUAGCAAGAACAAGGAGGAAAGACAUGAUCUAGUCACCUCUCUCUACCACAACUCGACCUUCUCGGCCAUGUGGGAGAAGUUGAGUGCUUGUCUCAGUGCGAUUCGCGAGCGCGAAAAUAUGCUCAACGUGGCAACCAUUUUGCUGCCACUGAUCGAGUCCCUUAUGGUGGUUUGCAAAAACACAACUACCAAUGACGACCUCUCGGUGCAGAAGGAGAUGCUCCUUGCGAGCCCACCUCCUGAGUCUCGCACGGCGAGCCUCUUCUUUAGCUUUACCGAGGAUCAUCGGCGUAUCCUUAACGAGCUUGUCAGGAGUAACCCCAAGCUCAUGUCAGGCACGUUCGCUCUGCUUGUCAAGAACCCUAAGGUAUUGGAGUUUGACAACAAGCGCAACUACUUCAACCGCAGUGUUCACUCCCGAUCUGGCAACAGCCAGAGCCGGCCAACCUACGCUCCUUUGCAACUCUCUGUCCGCCGUGAGCAUGUUUUCCAUGACUCAUUCAAGCACUUAUACUACAAAACCGGAGAUGAGAUGAAGUUUGGAAAGCUCAACAUUCGAUUCCAUGGCGAGGAAGGUGUCGAUGCUGGAGGUGUCACCCGCGAAUGGUUCCAGGUCCUGUCUCGGCAGAUGUUCGACCCCAAUUAUGUGCUCUUUACCCCCGUAUCCUCUGAUCGAACUACCUUCCAUCCAAACAAGCUAAGCGGUAUCAACGAUGAACAUCUUUUGUUCUUCAAGUUCAUUGGUCGCAUCAUUGGCAAGGCACUGUACGAGGGUCGCGUUCUUGACUGCUAUUUCAGCCGUGCGGUGUACAAGCGAAUUCUGGGCAAGUCUGUUUCAGUCAAGGAUAUGGAAUCUUUCGAUCCCGACUAUUACAAGUCCUUGUGCUGGAUGCUGGAAAACGAUAUCACAGACAUCAUCACUGAAACCUUCUCUGUCGAGGAUGAUGAAUUUGGCGUUACCAACGUUGUAGACCUCAUUGAAAACGGCCGGGAGAUCGCAGUCACGGAAGAGAACAAACAUGAUUACGUCCGCCUUGUGGUUGAUCACAAGUUGUUGUCUUCGGUCAAGGAGCAGAUGGCUCAUUUCCUUCAAGGUUUCCACGAAAUCAUUCCCGCAGAGUUGAUCUCUAUCUUCAACGAGCAGGAGUUGGAGCUCCUGAUCUCCGGUCUGCCUGACAUCGAUGUCGACGACUGGAAGAGCAACACAGAGUACCACAACUAUAAUCCAUCAUCACAGCAAAUCCAGUGGUUCUGGCGAGCUCUGCGAUCUUUCGACAAGGAAGAGCGCGCUAAAUUGCUGCAGUUUGUGACAGGAACCAGCAAGGUGCCUCUCAACGGUUUCAAGGAGCUGGAGGGUAUGAAUGGCGUCAACAGAUUCAACAUCCACCGCGAUUAUGGCAACAAAGAUCGUCUGCCUUCUUCGCAUACCUGCUUCAACCAACUUGACCUUCCUGAGUACGAGAGCUAUGACCACCUACGCUCCCAGAUAAUGAAGGCCAUCACAGCAGGAAGCGAAUACUUUGGCUUCGCGUAA